AUGGCAGCCAUGGAUCAAUACCACUCGGAUCGUUUGCGGAUAGAGAAUAUUAUUCGAGAUUGGGACCCUAUAAAGAAGACAGUGGAAGUGUCGUCUGCACCAAAGAUCAGAGUCCCAAGGAGUGCCAAGUCCAAAGACGUAGGAGCCCUGGACACUGUCAGAGAGACGAAUGCGAGCAAGUUUCAUGUAUGGUACGUGAAAGCCAGUGACCCUUGGAUGAAGACUAUGCACGACACUAUAGUUGCUCAGAUGAGAGGAAAUUUAUUAGCAAAAUCUGCUCUUGUGGCAGAGCCUGCACCUGAACCAGAUCUUCAACCUAAACGUUACUCGCUUCUCAAGUCAAGAAACAUUCAGAAAAGACACAAUCGUGUCCACGGAAACGUCUACCAACUGGUCUCGAUAACCACGGUACCGGAACCCCUCUCGAUCAGCGAGUCGCUGCUGAUCAGCGAUCAAAGCGCGCAAGGGAGUCGCGCCGGAAAUCAAGGAAACAGCAAACGACGCAAGCGAAGAUCAUCGAGCAAAGCAAAUGAGAGGUCGAGGAGCAGAACGGAGGAUCAGUCGUUGAUAACGGUCGAAAGCAAGGACACGAUUACUGGCUCUGUUUCAGAAACUAUUCUGGAGGAGACUUUGAGGCCUCGAUGGAUCCUCCAACCGAACGAGACUCGAAGGUUCAAAAUUCGCUUCCAACCCCAAGAAAUUGGGGUUUUCGAUGAAAUUUACGCGUUGACUAUCGCGGAUGGGAACAACAUCACUUACGAAGUGAACGUAAAUGGCAUUGCGGAUGUACCUAGGCUGGACAUGAACCCUGAUGUCAUUUAUAGCAAAACAGCAGCUACCAAAUUGGACAAUACAGAUGGCCCUACGUACUACUUGGACAGCGAAGUAUACGAUUUUGGGUCGAUGUUGGUCCUUCGAAAAGACAAAAGGUCACAUCGUCGAGAAGCAGAGCUUAAGUUUUACAACAUUUCCAACGUAGACGCGGAGGUGUUCUUUUCUCUCGGGGAAAGCAACGCUGGCUGUUUCUCCAUCCAGCCGGAGAAGCUCCUCAUCGCUCCCGCAAAUCACGAAGUUCUGGCCCUGUCAGCCAUUGCCACGAAACUUGGUACCAUUUCAGAGAGGCUAUACAUAUGCAUAAAAAAUAAUCCAAAGGUUGAAGUGAUUCAGCUGCAGAGUGUGGGUACCAAACUGGACAUAGAACUGGACGAGAAACAGCUGUCUUUUGGUCGCACGCUUCUCUACAGACGAGACUUUCAAAUUCUGACUGCAAGAAACAAGACACCUGUACCAAUUCCGUGGCAAAUAGAAGCUGAGGAACCUUUCGAGACACAGAUCACAUUUGCACCGGAUAGAGGCGUGAUUAAGCCCUGGGACGAACAGAAAAUCGAGUUCUGCUAUCAUGGCGACAAGGUGGGUGUAAUCAGAACGCAGACGGUGAUUUUCAAAGCAUUUCUAUGCGAGGAAAACGAAGAGCCAAUCUUCACAGAUGCGGUUCUUCUGACAGGAGAAACUUACGAUGUCGCCAUUGAUAUAGAUCAGGCGAACCCUAUCGAUCUAAAAUGGAUCAAAGUGAAUCGCCCAGCGAGUGGCUUGUUCGUGAUAAGAAAUCGUGGCGAUUAUCAAGUGGAAUACGUUGUCACAUUGGAGGAUAAUGAAAAAUUAGCGAAAUUAAAUUUACCAACGAAUUUGAAGAAGAACCUGGAGGUUCGUCCAGCAUCUGGCUCCGUUCCACCGAAUAGAGAGAGGAUCGUGGAAGUGACGUUUGUACCAAAAGACGAGCUGACUCUUAGGAAAGCUUCGAUACUGAAGUGCCACCUGAUCGAUACGAACAAGGAUACUGCUGUAGUCGCUGAGAUUCCACUCACAGUCUCCCUUAACGCGUACUAUACCAGAUUUCAAGUCGAUCCUUAUCCCUUGAUGGACUUUGGAUCGCUUGCCAUAUGCACAGAGAAGACCAUGUACCUCAACGUGGAGAACAUUGGAAAAUUUCCAUUGCACUACUCCAUUCGUGUUACGGGUAAACAUCCAUCUAUAAUUUACAUGACUCAAGUGACAAAGGCAGCUCCGCGUAAGAAGGCAAAUCUGACAGCGAGGACGAAUACAUCGAAAGCGGCAAAAAGAUCUGCCAGAGGCAAAAGAGCCGAGAUCGAGGAUCAUUCGGAACCAGAAAAAUUAAUAAUGGGCCCAAUGACUGUUGCCAAAACCGAGGGUGACGUCGAUCCUGGCCAAACGGACGCCAUUGCCAUCACUUGCUACCCUGAAUUCGUUGGCUCCCAGGAUGAAAAAAUCAUGGUUCACGUUAGAGACAGUGUACCAGAAGAUGGAGACGGGAAAGUAAUAACACUCCUCGUGAAUUCUUCGAUGCCGUGUCUCGACUUCGAGAAUCUCGACUCGAUGUUCCAGGAGAACCACGUGGUCGAUCGCAUCCAGGACUUCAAUUGCCCUAAAGAGAUUGGACCACACACGGUGUUUGCACGUCAAGAAAAAUGCCUCUACUUCCGACACGUCUGCGUGAUGACUACUCAUGCGACCUGUUUCAAGCUGUACAAUCGAAAUAUAGUGCCUGCGAGUGUGCAAGUGAUUUUCGUGGCUGGAUCAUUGACUCCAAGUACGGCAAAGCCGGACACGUUUGUUGUGGAACCUCAAAACGAGAGCGUUCCACCUAUGAGCCACAAGACAUUCACUGUCUCUUUCACUCCAGCCGUCAUAGAGACGUUCAAAGGAAUCCUUGAAGCAACCGUGAUUCUUCCCUCGAAUUUGGACGAAGAGAAGCUCUCCAUUAAACUGGUAGGAGAAUCUUGCGUACCAGAAGUGGCUAUCAUAGAACCGAUUCAUGGAAAUCGUGAAAAAGCAACCUUGAGUUUUGGUCGUACACUGAUCAACGAAAAAAAUCACAGAGAGUUCGCCUUGGAAAACAUCGGAUUCAUCAAGGCAAAGGUCAUCGUUGAAAUCGACGAGGAUCGGGACAAGGUGUUCACUUUUGCAGCCUGUCCUAAUACACAAUCUUUGCUGCCAAUUUGGGCCAGUAGUUGUGAAGAACCCAAUGAUCGCUGCACCGUGGUUUGUUUAAUGCCUGGAAACGUGGCGCGUUUCAAGGUGACGUUUUUCCCGACUGAGGUCGGAAAACGCGACGGGAAAAUUCGCCUAUUCGUGGUUGACAAUCCUUACGAGAACAUGGUGAUCAAUCUGAAGGCAGAAUGUUACAUGGAACCGUUAGUGUUGGAGGGUUUAGAGUUCGAGGAUAAUAAACGUGGUGCUACAGUUGGAAGUCGAAACUCCGUUGCUAGAAUGCGCAGACUGUCAACAAGACAAAGUUCCCUAGCGUCAGCUCCUGCCAGCUCGAGGCCCGCGGUGUCUUUGACCUAUAUCCUCGACUACGGGCUCUGUUUCGUUGGCAAAAUGUACAAAAAGACGUUCAGGAUUGCCAAUAAAUCGCCGGACCGAUGGUUUCGUUUCCAAUGGACCGAGCAUCCCGAUCUCGUGUUCGUGCCAUCAAUUGGACACAUCAAGUUCCAGACAUGCAAAGAGACAGUUGCUACCUUCCUGGCACCGGAGCCCAUGAAUCUUGUGAACACUCGUAUCGAGUGUGUCGUAUGGGAAAUCGCUUGUACAGACGACGACGAGGCUUGGGACGAUCGACAAACGGAAGUGCGAUGGGAGAGCGUGCAACCUGACCUAAUCGACAAGCCUAAGAGCGCAGAAGGCCUGUCCAAGAGAAUCGUGCGUCCAACCGUGGAACCAGAGUGCCAAAGCAUGGCCGGAAGUACCAAGUACAUCCAAAUUUUACUCAGUGCCAAAGUUGCAUUCUCGGAGUACUCCUGCUUAGUCCAAGAAAUUCACUUCAAGGACACGCUGAUGUUCCAGACUCGUGAAUAUGCGUUCGUCCUGUCGAAUCCUGGAACGGUGAACACCGAGUACGCCUGGAAGGUAAACAUGGACGAGCAAUAUCCGAAAAGACGAAUGGAGGACAGUCCAAACACGACUUCCAGGCCGAGGACCGCGGACGUCUCACGUUCUCGACCGAAUUCGAGAUCUGUGCGAGGAAUUUUCUCCGCAACAAGUGAGCUGCGUCACAGAAACUUCGAUGUGGAUGGAAAAAGCGCUGGGGACAACGCAAAUUUAUUGUCUAGACACUCUAGACAGCUCGUGUCAUCCACUUCUGGGACAGUCGAGAUGAAAGCUUCCAGCACGAGGCCGUCGGAUCUAUUCAGCAGCACCGCCGGUUUGUCGGAACGAACCACGGACAGUUGGCUGGAGAGUGACGACGUACCAUUCACAGUGUAUCCUGAAACAGGAACGAUUUCGCCUCAGGAAUCCGUCGAAUGCACGUUGAAAUUCUCCCCUAUGGACGUGUUCCAUUACAAGGCGUACCUUUCCUGCGUAAUAGAAAAUCUAGAUCCAAACAUGCCUGACUUGACGAUCCCCGUCACUGGGAGGAGUUUACUGCCGUAUUGUCAUUUCGAUGUACAAGAGAGCGACUACAUAACCAGCGGCAGACGAGAUCCACAGCGACCUGGACCACUGGGACGCGGCAUAGAGGAUCCCGCUUUGUGGCAGAAUAUCAGGGUAAUCGAAUUUAAAGUGGUCGGCGUAGGCGAGACGCACGUGAAAAAAUUCCACCUUAUCAAUCCAACGACGGACGAUUACUAUUUCACUUGGAGGGAUCGAACGCCCCAUCUCGCAGACAAGAUAUCGAAUUUUCACUGCACAGUGCCGGAGGGCAUCGCGGAGCGCGGGAAACAGACAGACCUGGCUUUCACGUUUUUGGCAGAGGACGUCGGCGUCUUCGAAUCCUUCUGGCUCUUCUCCAUCGAUAGAUACAAUCUGCAGUGCCUUUUUCUCGUCGUCGGAACAGUAACCGAGCCCUCGGUGCACUGCCUCACGGUCCACGUGAAACUGAAGCCAACAAUCUUGGGCCACAACGUUCGCGAUUCGAUCAGGCUACUGAACGAUGAGGAUUUUCACGCACCGUUUAGGGUGGUGGAGGAAUCUCUAUAUUCCGAGGGUAAAUUUCAGAAGCUCAAUGUGACUCCAAUGACUGGGUCUCUGGAGCCAAAAAAAGAACAAUUCUUAUGGGUCGAGUACCAUCCAACCCGCGUGGGUGAAUUCCACUUUUCCAUUCAGUGCGCCGUGAAGCUGAUGAAAAGUCCCCUAGCCGUUUUCGUGACCGCCUCCGUUUACGCGAUCCUGUCCUCGGUCGUUUAUUCCGUCGCGACUGGUGAGAUUGUACGAGCCUGCGUGGAUACGGAAAACGUCAUCGACCUGGGCAAACUGAUGCUGAACGUGUCGAUCCCAAUCACGUUCGACAUAGCGAAUUCUGGCAGAACGGCAUUUUAUUAUACCUGGGACCUCGGUAUGACACCGGAAGUCAUUAGCAGGAACGCCUACGUCGUCGUAACUCCUCAGAAACAGGGACACGUGAUUAGCGAAUCGCAAUCGACCUGCAGCCUGACUCUCACGACACAUCAGAAAACAACAAUCAGGGAUCAUCCGAUUACUUUGAAAAUUUCGAACGGGCCGACUUAUCAAUUUCUGCUGAAAGCUUCUUCGAGGAAACCCGCUAUCGAGUUCAGCUUUGAUCGAUACGAUUUCGGGCCUUGUUACAUUCAAGAGAACAACGCGAUGUCGUAUUACACUGAGCUGUGUGUGUCGAACUCCGAGGACGUGCCAUUUAUAAUUGAAUGCAAAUUCGAAGAGCAACCGCACCUGUCCGUCGAUCUCAACUCCAUCGCAGAAGCCCUGGCUGCUCAUUCGACGAUCACUAUACCGAUCACUUUUCGUCCACUGAAGGAAACAAAGUAUAACGAGUGCUUGGUCUUCACGAUCAACUCGGUCAACGAGAAGAAAAUAAUUAUUACCGGAGAAGGAAUCACCUACAAGAUCCAUCUGGUGAACCCUUGCGACAAAUCCAUCUACCUAGGCAGCGUUUCCAUCUCCAGAACCGUAAUCAGAAAGAUCCCAGUGGUGAACCAGGGUUUGGCCCCCAUCGAGGUGAAAUUCGACCUGACGAAAAACCUCAGUGGCUACGAGGACUAUCGCGAUCGAGCUCAAUCCUGCGCUGUGAAAGAAUUCAACGAGAAUGGACACACGCUGGAUGAGGCGUCCGUGAUGGAAACAAAGCGUUCCUGGACCCAGGAUAUCGUGUUGCAAACCAAUGAACCGAGACUUAAGGAUGUUCUACGGAUCGAGCCAUCCUCGAACGUUAUUUUGAGGCCUAACAAGAGGAUCGAUGUCACUGUGAGGUUCAAACCUACGUCCAGGAUGAGGCCCUUCACCGUCAAAGUGGGCCUGCAGGUGUCCUCGGCGAUCAUGCCACUAUUCAUGGUGCGUGGAAGCUGUGUUGGAGCGGAAUUUCGACUGAACAGGACUCACGUCUCUUUUGGAACCAUCGUCGAGGGGUGCUUCGCAGAGGUCAAGGUGAUUUUGAUGAACACUGGAGACGUGGGUGCAAGAUUCAAGUGGAACACGUCGAAAUUGCCAGGAAAUUUUCGAAUCGACCCUGUGUCUGGUUAUUGCUCCCCUGGUAUGGAUGUCAAUUUCGUUAUCAAGUUCCAACCCUCUCAGCAGCGCAGUUUAAUUCAGAGCGAGGCAAUAGUGGACAUCGAAAAGUAUAAAUCACUGAAAUUGAAAGUUUCUGGUGGCUGCUGCAAACUCCCAGAACCAAUGGAGACCAUCUUCUUCGCGUCUGCUGUGCGCUCACAACAAACUCAAACUGUGCUUGUCACAAACGACACGAACCAACCUUGGACAUUGAAGCCAGAAGUGACUGGCGAUUACUUCUCUGUAGACGAAAUUCUUCGUGUUCCCGCGAAAGGAUUUGCUCGGUGCACCGUUACUUAUGCACCAACUGUCAUGAACACGGAGGACACUCGACACCUGGUGAUAAAAUUAAUAUAG